AGGCCUACAGCUUGGGCUUUAGAUAGAUGGAGCCGUCGAGUUACAGAGCCGGGGAGCAGCCUAUCCAGUCCCCAGCUGCAAGGUCUGUAAUAACCGAAGUCUCGGAGAAGAGAGGAGAGCGAGAGGGACUCAAUGGGGAGGCAAUGAAACGGACUCAUCCGCGUAACUAGACACUACCAAUUCAGUUCAGUGUUCAGAGCAUGCGAGAGCACAGCUAGACCAACCCCAUUCAGGUCUAACUACAAAGGAGUAGAGAGGGAGAAAACUGAAGUGUUCCAACGUAGGGAGGCGGCGAGAAAAGGGGCAAGACAUAGCCUACUGACGGCUUUCGAGCUUUACGGCCAUAUACGGCGAUUCUUGGCAUCAGCCUAUUGUGUAAAAUUACGGAUUUAUAACUGGGUGAAGUCGUGGGUAGUAAUCGACAGUCCUAUCCUUCACAAUGAAGAAAAACAAUUCAGCAAAACGGGGACCCCAGGACACAAACCAGCAUCCCACGCAGCCAGACAAAAUCGGUUGGAUUCGCAAGUUCUGUGGCAAAGGGAUAUUUAGGGAGAUAUGGAAAAAUCGUUUUGUAAUACUCAAAGGGGACCAACUUUACAUCUCAGAGAAAGAGGUGAAGGAUGAGAAUAAGAUCCAGGAGGUGGUUGACCUGACGGACUACGAGCGUUCUGAGGAGCUCCGCAAGGCCAAGAGCCGCAGCAAGAAAAACCACAGCAAGUUCACCCUGCUGCGCUCCAGAAUCCCAGGCAAUACGGUCCCUAACCUAGUGUUCCUGGCUGUUAGUCCAGAGGAGAAGGAGUCCUGGAUAAACGCCUUAAAUGGAGCAAUUACCAGAUCCAAGAACAGCAUCCUGGAUGAGGUCAUGGUUGAGGAUGAAAACCUUCUGUCCCAUCUCACACGGGACCGGGCUAAGAUCCCUCACACACGGCGCCUGCCUACACGAGGACACAUCAUGGCUGUGACCUCCACUUCUACCUCUGACGGCAUGUUGACCCUUGACCUGAUCCAGGAGGAGGCCAGCCCCAGCACAGACGGCCAGGACACCUGUGACAAGAGCUUCCGGGUCAACCUGGACAAAUCCACCCAGCUCGACUGCCUCAGGUCCAAAACAGAGGGUGCCAUCAGUAGCAUCUGCCUAGUGACUCCCGCAGAGGUCACUGGGAAGUCCCAGAGUCUGCCGCGCGAUACCGCGGUAGCCUGGGACGAUAAACAGCAACUUCAGAGCCCGAUGGAGAAAUCCUGCACCCCUCAGCCGGGCAAGAGGCUCACACCGGCCGAGAAAAGCCGAUGCGCCUCCAUGGACGAGAUCCUCUCGCACUCCGAGACACGGGCCACCAAACCCAGGACACCCCUCCCCCGCUCUGCGACCUCUGCCCCCCUAGGCAACCUGCCGCCCAUCAGCCAGCUGCAGGACCUCAUCGCUCAGAAGCUGGAGAGAACUCAGGAGCUGCUGACGGAGGUGCAGGGGGCGAAGGGGGAGGAGGGGGCAAAGGGGGAGGAGGUGCAGGGGGCGAAGGGGAAAGGGAAGGACUCGCCAGGUUCCAAGGGCUCCAGGGGUUCCUCAGACAUGGCCCGGGCGGAGGCUGAGAGGCUGCUGAAGGAGGCAGCGUCCACAUGGGGUCAGGCCAAGGAGGUUCUAGAGGAGGUGAAGGAGCUGAGGGCGCUCUAUCGUCAGCUGGACUCCCUGCCCACCACCCCCACCUCCCUAUCACCCCUCACGCCCUCCAACAGUGGCAAGCAGACUGACUACAGGAAGAGCAUGAUGUGACCGUCAGAGAACUCAACACAGACUUGACUAUGAAUCCCUCAGCAAAAGAAAACUACUAAACAUGCAAAGCCACAAUAUUGUAAAAUAUGUCUGUUUCUCCCCUUCUGUGUCCUUUCACUUUAUUGAUGCUGUGACAAAGUGAGGACAUUCAGUUGCCCAACGACGUCCCCUGUGGUUAACCAUUGUGCCCUUACAUGUCUGCUUGAUGAAGGUGUGGGGGGCAAUCUAGGGUCUGAGGUACAUGUUGGCCAGGGAGUCCAGUAGAGAUCCUGUCUCUCUGUACUGACCGGCUGCUGAAAGACCUUGUGAUACUGCAGUGUCAGGUUUUUCUCUCGAUGUUUUCCUCUGCAUUGGUUGUCAAAGAGGGGAUGUUCCACAUGUAGGGUUUGGCCGGGGAAUCAGAAGGGCUCUCCUCUCCAGGGAUAGACACACAGUGGUUGAGGAAAACUCAGAUUAGAGGAAGGGAAACAUGGUGUCCAGACCGGCCCCGCAUGUUCGGAAUGUGAAUGUUUUCCUUUUUCUGUUACACAACACACUGGAAGGUUGGUCUGAGCCAGAUUCCCAACGAGCACCGCUCAAAAACCAACAGCAGUCCACUGUACACAGUACAGUACACCACCCUCCCUCCCUCCCUCUGCUGCUGCCCUGGGAAUGGAGCUCAGCGGCAUCCUCAUCUCUGCUGGACCAUUAUGAUUCACAGGGACAAGGGGAGGUCGGGGAACCAGUUCACAGAGUCAGAACGCACUGACGUUCCUUAGGGUGUUUCUGUCUGUUCCAUGAGCCAUAUGACACGGUCAAAAUGGAUGACGUCUGUCUGGGUUGUGUUGUUACUAGAUGGUACAUACUAGGACAGGGCUGUUCCUUUCCUGUAGGCCUACAGCCAGUUGUCUUCAGCCAGUUGCCACUGCAGCCAUUGUUUCGCAUGCUACUGUAGAGCCAUGGAGCCGGGAUGGUGUCUGUGUGUGUCUGGUAUGAGUGGUGAUUAUCAUGCUACUGUAGAGCCAUGGAGCCGGGAUGGCGUCUGUGUGUGUGUAUGGUAUAAGUGGGAGACGUGACAUAGAGGUCAGAUGCAGUACUGAGGAGAGGAACCACUUGUAAGUGAUUUGCUAAAAUAGUAAUAAUAACAGAAUUGCACUAUAAAGGAAGGCUGUAAAACAAGAGGAUGAAACUGGCGGGUAGAAACUGGAGAGAACAGAUGUGUCUAAUAUGGCUUUUCACUCUGUUCUACAUAUUUGUUACGACAAGCUACUGUGUCUAGAAACAUACAGACUGCACAGUUCCAACACCUUGAUACCUAAGACAGUCACUCGGCUCGCUACUGUUUGAAAAUCUGAGCUUUUCAAAGGUACAAUGUGUGUAAACAAUGCUGUUGAUGAAUACAUCCCUCCGGCUAGCUAACAGUGAUGCUAAUGCUUGACCUCUGACCUCCCUGUCCUACUUAAGGUCUUAUAGGGUUUAUGUCAGAGAAGAGAGAGAGAGAGAGAGCGAGAGCGAGAGAGCGAGAGAGAGAGAGAGAGAGAGAGAGAGAGAGAGAGAGAGAGAGAGAGAGAGAGAGAGAGAGAGAGAGAGAGAGAAGCAGCCAAUGUACAGUGCGCCUCGCCAGAGCACCCCAACUUGUUUUAUAGUCAGUAGCUAACUAACGUAUGUUAUGUGUUUGCACAGUGCUGUGGAAAUGGUUCGCUCUGGACUGUCAAACAGACAAAAAAAACAGUGUUAUGAUUAUGUUAUUAUCAUUGUUUGUGUUUUUUAUUUGUUUAAAAUGCUUUUGUAGGAUGAUUUAAGGCAGGCUUUAGAGAACAAAAUGGGCAGGGCAUUCUAGAACGUUCACGCUCUUAGAAUGCUCAACUUGAAACUAUGCAUAUUGUAGUUUUAUUCUGUUUGUUCAACCACAACCCAAUAACAGAAGGCAAAAAUCACUGAAGUUGGAUUUUAUGAAUGGACAUAAAAGAGGGUGAGGUGAGAAAGAUGUUAGAAAGAAGACAACAGAAAACAAAGCUUUCCCCAGGAAACAUUUAACUGAAUAGGCCAUAAAAAAUAUGUUUACUAGUACGUCUAUUAUUGUUGGUGUCAUUUAGUUUUAUCUGGGAUGAAGUACUAUCUUGUGUGAGGCUGAACACAAAACCUAAUGUUUGUGCAAUCCUGAAAAGAUUGAUAUGACCCCCGAUGCACUGUACAUUCUUGGAGCAGUUUUAAUCAUCUCAAAGGAUGUUGCUGUAUUUGCUUAUUGCGUUGCAUUAUGAUGGAAACGGAAGUGGCUUUGCUUUGCACUGAAGUUCAUCACUUCUGGACUUUCAAAGUACUUGAGACACAACCACUUGUGCAAUUAUAACAAUCAGCCUAAUUCAGACAACCAUUGUUCUACAAUGAAUGUGUGCUUUUUUAAGUCAAAACCUAGCCGAGAAUUGUAAUAAAAUGAUUUUGUAUGUCCUUUGAGAAGAAUGCCCUACUGGAAUAUAGGGGUGGUUUUCAUAGGAAAUGCUGAGGUAGGAAGUGAUUGAUCCAAGCAUUGUAUUUAUGGCAGCAAUAAUACCAUCUUCAAGCUAUGCCAAAGAUAAUAUGGCUGUACAAGGUAAUAAAACUAUUCCCAUUGAAAUACAUUGAUAAUGUAAAUAAGAAUGUUUCAUAUUUUCUAGUUGACAAUGUAAACGUCAGCCUACUUGUUCUGACAACCUUUUCACAUGUGUGAAAUGGUUGGUCACACCGACUCCAACCUAAACAAUCCAUCAAACACCAAAUCAACUUAACGUCUUCUACAUCUGGCAAUGCAUUCUGGGAUAUAAUAUUAAUAUAUGCAGACACUCUUAUCGAAAGCGAUUUACAGUCAUGCAUGCAUCCAUUUUACGUAUGGGUGGCCCCUGGAAUCGAACCCACAACCAUGGCGGUGCAAGCACCAUGCUCUACCAACUGAUCCAUACAGGACCAGGAUACAGGAGGUGUGGUCACAAGUUG